UCUCUCUCUCUCUCUCUUCCCAUUUUUCUCUUCUAAAUCUGAAAUUCUCUCUCUCUCUCUCUCUCCCUUCAUUCAUUCAAUUGAUCUCAUACGUCUCCUUUUCACGUUCCAUCACCAAGCUAUUGAGUUCUCAACAAUCUUUCUUCUCCCUCUCCCUCUCCAUCGCCCAAAAGAUGACUAUUCCCUGCUGGCCUCCCUUUUCAUCCCGUGAUUUAAUUACAUCUUCUUCUUAAGCAGAUCAGCCCCCAUCUGUGUCAUACAUCUUCCCUUCCCAUCCCGAAACUACGUAUAAUACUUUCCACGAAUCGCAGCUAGCUAGCUAGUGUAUACACAUAAUACUUAUACAUAUGCACAGACGAUGCUAUAGAAACGGACCGGAAGAGAGAGGCCAGGAAAAAGCCUGCCGCUGUGACCGGACAGGGACAGGACGAGAGAUAUUUUGACUCGAUCGAUCUCAUUUGCAAUCAAUCUAAAGUACAUAUGGACUCGGGUUCGGGUUCGGCAGCACCCGAACCAAGCAGCGGCACAGAGGGCCCCUCCGGGACAGGGACAGAUCGGUCCCCAGCUCCAGCGGCAGCAGCGGAGGGAUCGUCGUCGUCGUCUUCGAUGGCAGCAGCGCCGCCGAGCAGGUACGAGUCGCAGAAGCGGAGAGACUGGAAUACGUUCCUGCAGUACCUGAAGAACCACAAGCCUCCCUUGACUCUAGCGCGUUGCAGUGGGGCCCACGUGAUCGAGUUCCUCAAGUACCUGGACCAGUUCGGCAAGACUAAGGUCCACGCCACUGGCUGCCCCUACUUCGGCCACCCCAACCCGCCCGCCCCCUGCGCUUGCCCCCUCAAGCAGGCAUGGGGCAGCCUAGACGCCCUCAUCGGCCGCCUGAGGGCCGCCUACGAGGAGAACGGAGGCGGCCGACCCGAGUCCAACCCUUUCGGGGCCAAGGCGGUCAGGAUCUACCUGAGAGAGGUGAGGGAGAGCCAGGCCAAGGCCCGAGGGAUCCCCUACGAGAAGAAGAAGCGAAAACGGCCGUCGUCGUCAUCAUCAUCAGUAGUCACCGAUGCAGUGGCGACGUCAGGGGUUGCUGUGUCGGUGGACACAAUAAGCCAUCAGGGUGGGGGUAGGGGGGGCGGCGAUGCCGGCGGAGGCAGCGGCGCUGGUGGAGAGGGCGGUGACAGUACUCCAGCUACAGCUGUUGGUGGUGGAAAUGCUGUCGGCUCGACCACCACCACGACGACGACCACUACUGCUGUAUAGUUUCAUUUCAUUUCACUCAAUUUUAAUAUUUUUCUCCUCUUAUUUUUCCCCCUUCCCAUAAUUUUUCUUUGUUUUUUCCUCUCUCUCUUUUUUUUUUGGGGGAGGGCCUAGACCUAGCUAUCAUUAAUUAAUUAUAGUCUCGAAUUCGAUUAUCUGCUUUUUUUUUUCUUAACUGUAAUUAUGAGUGUUAAUACAUUACAUAAAUACAUAGACAUGUCCCGGCUAGGCGAGGGGGGAUACUUCUCAUAA